UUCUGUUGAAUGCAUAAUUCUUUGGAUGCCGUAGAUGGCGCAUCAGAGACAAAUGUUCGCGGAGAUGGAAGUCAAAGUGGGGGUAGUAUAGGAGGCAGCCGCAGUCUGGCACUCUCAGUUGACCGCCGACUUCUGCUGUUGUAACGCGUCCGUCUGCGGUCCGUCCGCUGCUCUCUGCCGCACCACCGACCGGCGUCCGUCGCCAGGUGCCAUGGAGCGUGUGGCGGCGCUGUGCGGCCGCGCCGCGGGCAUCCUGACCGCAGCCAUCAAGUACGGCUGCAUCGUGCACUGUUCCACCGAGUACGUGGCCGACGUGGUCAUCUGCACCGGGCCCAGCAUGGAGCCCACCAUCUACUCACACGACGUGAUCGUCACGGAGAAAAUCAGCCCGCUCCGACAGCGGAUCGCCGCCGGCGACAUUGUCGUGGUGCGCUCACCGUCCGCUCCCCGUAACAACAUCUGUAAACGCGUGACAGCCGUGGCCGGGGAGCGCGCCGGCACGCGCGGCGUGCUCGUCCCGCGCGGUCACCUGUGGCUCGAGGGGGACAACGCGGCCAACUCGAACGACUCGCGCAACUUCGGCGCCGUGCCGGCUGGCCUGGUGCGCGGCCGGGCCGUGCUCAAGCUGUGGCCGCCGGCCGACGCCGGCUGGUUUGACUCGCGUGGCUGGCGGCGGCAGCACGGCAGAGAGGAGCGCCAGCGCUGGUGAGGACCGUGUGGGUGCUGGAUAGGUCGGACUCGGUGGCAAUGUGCUGUGAUGGAGACAGGCGCCGCAGCGGGAGCGCCGCCUGUGGCCGGAAGUCCGCAGGUGACAGGUGACAACAAAUGACUCCGGACUCGGCAGGUGACAACAAAUGACUCCCACUCUACGGAUCGGAGCGUCAUCUCCUCGGUCGGCAUCUAGGUAGGAAUUGUUUGACAACAGCUAUUGGCGGUUCGGUCAGUCACCUCGAACGGACUUGUUGGAUGUAGUCAUAUUAGUCGUGUUACCCUAAUUUUUCAUCAUGUGUGGCAUCAGUAAGUAGUAUUUAAAUCAGAUUUUGACUCAGGACGGGUUGUUGGACAUUAGUCAUCAUUUUCACACGUCGGAGCCAUGAACGAUAGCACCAAAUGUUCUCACACAGUGUGUCACCAAGUCUGGAGUCCUCCGUUUACGCCCUCCGUUUACGUUGCGGAUUGUUUGCAAUGCGGAUGAAUCCACCAGCAAUACAAUAUACAUACUCAUGUGCAAA